CAAUCAGGCAAAAAAAUACCUGAAAAAAAAUAAACGGUAAAACGAAGAAGUGGCGACACACACACGCAAACGGCGGAGAGCGCGCUAAAAAGUUUAUUAAGUAAAAAUCCAAAAGUAAAGGCACACAGUUCGUUCCAAUCCCCAUUCAAUUCAACCAGCCGGGCAAAGAAGGCAAAGUAAAAAUAUAUAUUUUUAUUAAAAAUGGUGGAAGUAAUAGAGCGGCGGACGGCUGCGUGAGCCCAAAGCGCGGCCAAUUAAAAAACAACAACAGCACAGCACAGGCACAGCAGUAACAGCAGCAGCCGCUGAAGAAGAAGAAGAAGACGACGAAGAAGCUGAAGCUGAAACAACCGAAGAGGAGGAAGAAACAGAGCCUCGAAAAGUACAUAAAAAAAAGUAUAAAAAAUUUAAAUAAGGUGGAAGUGGUCGUCGGUAGACAAAAAGCAGCGAACUAGCGACGAAAAAGAGAGGCGAGAAAAGCCAAGCUCCGAAAACAGAAAACCACCUUAUAACAAUCACAACAACUAGAAACGCAACCAACAACAACAACAUCACACACAAAAUGUACGGCAAAUCAAAGACAUCGGCGGUUCCAUCGGACGCCCAGGCCCGCGAAAAGUUGGCCCUGUACGUGUACGAAUAUCUGCUGCACGUCGGCGCCCAGAAGGCGGCACAGACAUUCCUCUCGGAGAUCCGAUGGGAGAAGAACAUAACGCUCGGCGAGCCGCCGGGAUUCCUGCACACCUGGUGGUGCGUCUUCUGGGACCUCUACUGUGCGGCGCCCGAGCGUCGGGAUCAGUGCGAUCACAGCUCGGAGGCGAAGGCCUUCCACGACUACGGCUUCGUGAGCUCCGGCUACGGAGUGAACGGCAUUGGACCAGGUGGCCCGCACAACGCUGGCGGACCGGCGCCCAGUCCAUUGGGACAAAUGCCGCCCGGCGGCGAUGGCGGCCCCAUGGGUCCCGGCGGACCAAUGGGACCCAAUUUCUUCCCCAACUCGACGAUGCGACCGUCGCCACCGACGCACGCCUCCAGUCCACAGCCGCCGCCGUCGCAGAUGAUGCCCGGCCAGCCGCCGUUCAUGGGCGGACCCCGCUAUCCGGGCGGCCCACGUCCCGGCGUGCGUAUGCAGGGCAUGGGCAACGAGUUCAACGGACCACCCGGUCAGCCCAUGAUGCCCAACAGCAUGGAUCCCACCCGGCCAGGCGGCGGAAUGGGGCCGAUGAAUCCGCGCAUGAAUCCGCCACGCGGUCCCGGCGGCAUGGGACCCAUGGGCUACGGCGGUCCGGGUGGAAUGCGUGGCCCGGCACCUGGGCCCGGCGGAAUGCCGCCCAUGGGCAUGGGCGGAGCGGGCGGCAGACCGCCGCAAUGGCAGCCUAACGCUUCGGCGCCACUAAAUGCUUACUCGUCAUCGUCGCCAGGAAACUAUGGCCCCGGGCCAGGCUCCAAUGGACCGCCGGGACCGGGAACGCCCAUUAUGCCGUCGCCGCAGGAUAACACGCAAGGCGGACCAGUUGGCGGACCCGGCGACAGCAUGUACGCCCUGAUGAAGCCCGAAUUCCCGAUGGGCGGUGGGCCAGAUGGCGGCGGUGGUGGAGGAGGACCUGGCGGAAUGGGUCCAAUGGGCGGCGGGCCCAAUUCAAUGGGCCCCGUACUUAAUGGCGGCGGAGGACCCGAUGGCUCCGGCCUCGAUGGGAUGAAGAACUCGCCGGCCAACGGAGGACCUGGAACGCCGCGCGAGGAUUCGGGCAGCGGAAUGGGCGACUACAAUCUGGGCGGAUUCGGCGGACCCGGCGAGAACGAUCAAACGGAAUCGGCGGCCAUUCUGAAGAUCAAGGAGAGCAUGCACGAGGAGGCCAAGCGGUUCGAGAAAGACACAGAUCAUCCGGACUACUUUAUGCCAUAACAACAUCACCAACAACAGCA